UCUCUCCGGCGCUGCUCCGGUCCCCCCGCCUGGCGGCUGCGGGGCUGCGGCGGGCCGGGGCCGGGCCGGGGAGCAGAGCGGCUGUAUUCAAUGGAAGUAUGUUACCAGCUGCCGGUGCUGCCUCUGGACAGGCCGGUCCCUCAGCACGUCCUCAGCCGCCGAGGAGCCAUCAGCUUCAGCUCCAGCUCGGCGCUCUUCGGCUGCCCCAACCCCCGGCAGCUCUCGCAGAGGCGUGGAGCAAUUUCUUAUGACAGUUCUGAUCAAACUGCAUUGUACAUUCGUAUGCUAGGAGAUGUACGAGUAAGGAGUCGGGCAGGAUUUGAAUCAGAAAGAAGAGGUUCUCAUCCAUACAUUGAUUUUCGUAUUUUUCACUCACAAUCUGAAAUUGAAGUGUCUGUGUCUGCCAGGAAUAUAAGGAGGUUACUAAGUUUCCAGCGAUAUCUUAGAUCUUCUCGCUUUUUCCGUGGUGUUGCUGUUUCAAAUUCAUUAAACAUUUUAGAUGAUGAUUAUAAUGGCCAAGCUAAGUGUAUGUUGGAAAAAGUUGGCAAUUGGAAUUUUGAUAUCUUUCUGUUUGAUAGAUUAACUAAUGGAAACAGUCUAGUGAGCUUAACCUUUCACUUAUUUAGUCUUCAUGGACUAAUUGAAUACUUCCACUUAGAUAUGAUGAAGCUUCGUAGGUUUUUAGUUAUGAUUCAAGAGGAUUAUCAUAGUCAAAAUCCUUAUCACAAUGCAGUUCAUGCUGCUGAUGUGACUCAGGCCAUGCACUGUUAUUUAAAAGAACCUAAGCUUGCCAACUCUGUAACUCCUUGGGACAUCUUGCUGAGUUUAAUUGCAGCUGCCACACAUGAUCUUGAUCACCCAGGUGUUAAUCAGCCUUUCCUUAUUAAAACAAAUCAUUACUUAGCAACUUUAUACAAGAAUACCUCAGUAUUAGAAAAUCACCACUGGAGGUCAGCAGUGGGGUUGUUGAGGGAAUCUGGUUUAUUUGCCCAUAUGUCAUUAGAAAACAGACAACAGAUGGAAAAUCAGAUAGGUGCUUUGAUUCUAGCCACGGACAUUAGUCGACAAAAUGAAUAUCUGUCAUUGUUUAGAUCCCAUUUGGACAAAGGAGAUUUAUGUUUAGAAGAUGCCAAUCACCGACAUUUCAUCUUACAGAUGGCUUUGAAGUGUGCUGAUAUUUGCAACCCGUGCCGGACCUGGGAACUAAGCAAGCAGUGGAGUGAAAAAGUCACAGAAGAAUUCUUCCAUCAAGGAGAUAUUGAAAAAAAAUAUCAUUUGAGUGUGAGUCCACUGUGUGAUCGGCAGACAGAAUCAGUUGCCAACAUUCAGAUUGGCUUUAUGACAUACCUAGUGGAGCCAUUAUUUGCAGAGUGGGCCAGAUUUUCAAAUACCAGACUAUCACAGACCAUGCUUGGUCAUGUGGGACUCAAUAAAGCCAGUUGGAAAGGAAUGCAGAGAGAACAAUGCAGCAGUGGUGAUGAUACUGACGCUGCCUUUGAAGAAGUAGACUCAGAAUUAUUACCUCAGGAAACUCGAUUGUUAUGACCCCACCUCCACCUGGCCCGCCCAGAACCAGUGGCACAAAACAGACUCUUGGAGGAUUGUUUUUUACAAACUGUGAAAUGGAGUCUUGAGGUGAGAGAACUUAAGUCCUGUCUGCUGAGGUUUCCAAAUGAAUGAUGCCAGCAUUAUUUAUUUCCACGAUUUCCUUUGGUGGAUCUUUUAAACCCACUUUCUAUUACAAGACCUGACCUUAUAGCAAUAUGCAUAUGCCUCAGUUGACUUUCCUGUGAACCCUUUAAUAUGCAAAACAUAGCAGGGACAGGAUCCUCCAGGAGUAACAGGACAUUUCACGGUUUGCUGGAUGUGUCUUUUUCAAAGCAAAACUGUGAGCUUCAAAAUGGCUCCUUCAGCAGAGGUCUCUUGGAACUUAACCAGGCUGAUGGGACAAGAUUUAAGGAAGGCCUGCCGCCACUAAGUUCUCACUGAAACUAUGGAAAUGUGAAGUGCCCAGCCUCUGCUGCCUCUGACAAGACUUGAUGUUUACAAAUUGACUCAAAAUAUGGGUUCUAAAUUUGCCUUGGAGCAUGAUUGUGAAAGAACCACUCAAUUUUUUAAGAUCAAAUCUGAGACUGCAGCUCUUUACCCAAACAUCCCCUUUUUUUUUUUGACUUUCCUGUCAUUUGGAUGCCACACAAGUCUCCCAUUUGCUAUGGUUUUACUUUAUGCACUGGGAACUGAGCUUUUAUCAGAGAAUACAGCCCAAUUUUCACUCCAGUGCUGCGUGGGAAUGUAAUUUUGUUUUUAAAGUUAGAAAUACCAGUUUUGAAUUGAGAGGUGGGAUAGGUGGGUGGGGGUGGGGCGGGAAGAUGAACAAUGUCCGAGCUGUCUCGCAGUUCUGCAGGGAAGACACUGCAUGUGGUUUUCACUACUGUACACUUGACCUGCACAUGCAAGAAAAGGUGGAAUGUGUAAAAACACCAUAAUCAGCUCAGGGUAUUUGCCAAUCUGAAAUAUAGUGGGAUGGGGAAAUGUGUCCUUCAGAGCCAAGGGUACAAAUGUCCCUUUCGCUGCAGUGCGAAUGAGAAAAAGGAAUUUAAAACUUUUGCAUGGGUGUAAGAGUAAGUGGGGGAGAGAGAGAGAGAGAGUGAGUGUGUGUGUAUGUGUGUGUGUGUGUGUGUGUGUGUGUGUGUGUGUGUGUGUGUGUGUGUAGAAAAGGAGAAUGUGUUUGAAUGUGUGUGCAUGUGUUUAUCCUUUUAGGAAAGGAUUUAAACUGAAAACUUUUAAUUUAUUCUUUUAGAAUGUGAUGAUUUAAUGAGCAACCACAUUUGGGGGAGGGAGUUUCGGAAGCUGUAACAAAUUGCUACAGAUGCCUUAAACUAUGCACACAGCUAAGUGACCAAACUUCUUGUUUUGAUUUGAAAAAAAAAAAGUGCAUUGUUUUCUUGUCCCUCCCUUUGGUGAAAUGUUACCCCUCAGUGGGCCUUUUGAUGUGAAAAGGAGAUGUUUUCUAGGACAAAAUAUAAGAACUAAUUUUAAACUUAAAACAUUCCAUUUUUGUAGUUUGUUUUAAAUUGUUUUAAGUACAGUAAGCACAACUGUAACCUAGUUUUAAGAGAAACUGGUGCUUUCUUUUAGUUCAUUUGUAUUUCCCUUGUUACUGUAAAAGACUGUUUAUUAAUUAUGUUUACAGUUUGUUGCAACAGCCAUUUUGGAGGAGAAAGCUUCAGUGUAAAGCCAUUUGUAAAGGCUUUGCCAUACUCAUUUUAAUAUGUGCCUGUUGCUGUUAACUUUUGAUGAAUAAAAUCCUAUCUUUUCACACUCUGAUCCUAGAUGGUAACAUUGUUUUCCCUUUAACAUACAUGCAUGUUUAUGUUAUAUAUACACACAAACGCACACAUGCAUAUAUACAUACAUACUUCUAUACAACUAAGGGCAACAUUAUUUCAUUUGAAUGUUGGACUUAAAUCAAGAAAAGCUGAAUUUGAAUCUCUGAUCAGACACAUUGUAACUAUGACCCUGGGCAAGUCACUUAGACUCUUACCUUUGGUUUCCUCAUCUAUAAAAUGAGGAUAAUACCUACUUUCAUAAGGUGGUUGUGAAUAUCAGAUGAUCUUUAUACACACACACACACACACACACACACACUCUUAGCAGUUUGCCAACCUUGAAAUGUUCUAUAAAUGUUCUGCAGUAAUGAUCUGCAGCAAAAACAAAACAAAACAAAUGAACAAAAAAACCAAAGUAAUGAUCUGCAGA